AUGGACGAAAAACAAAAAGAAUAUUUUACUGGAUGGAUUAAAUGGUGUGAAAUAGGUACUCAAUAUAUUCCUCUAUCUUUUUUGCUUGGUUUCUUCGUAGCUGUUGUUGUUGCUCGUUGGUGGGAACAAUUUAAUUGGAUUAGUUGGCCAGACAAAUUAAUGAUGACAGUCUCGACUUGUUUACCGGGAAAGGAAAAUUUAGAAGUGAGGAAAACAAUUGCUAGAUGGUCAUCUUUACAAUCAGCAAUUGCUUGGACUGGAAUUUCUGUUAGAACAUUAAAAAGAUUUCCAACAGAAAGACAUUUAGUUGAAAGUAAAUUAAUGACUGAAGAAGAAUAUGAUUUAUAUAUGUCUGUUAAUGCCCCUCAUGGUAAAUGGUUUGUCCCCCUUCUUUGGAUUUUAAAUUUAUUAAAACAACAAUUACGAGAACGGAGAAUAGAUACUGUCCAAAUGCAAAUGUUGGUAGAUCAAUUAUAUAAAUUUCGAGAUGGUUUUGCUAUGUUAUAUGUAUAUGAUUGGGUUAAAGUACCUUUAGUUUAUACACAAGUUGUUGCAAUAGCUACUUAUGGUUAUUUUUUUAUUUGUUUAAUUGGAAGACAGCCAAAAUUAGAUUCAAAAUCUAUGGAACAAGAAAUAACUAUUUUAUUUCCAAUAUUUACAACAUUCCAAAUGCUUUUUUAUAUUGGGUGGUUAAAAGUUGGACAGUUUUUGAUGAAUCCAUUUGGAGAGGAUGAUGACGAUUUUGAAUUAAAUUAUGUACUUGAUCGAAAUACUUAUAUUGCUUAUAUGAUGGCUUCUGAAUUAGCUGAUCAAUUACCUUCUAAAAUAACUGAUGAAAUGACUGUAUUAUUACCACAUACUAGAGCUUCAUUUAAAAUACAAGAUAUAAUUCCAAAAGGAAGUUUGGCUGAUUUUCAAAUAACGGCAAAAGAAAUGCAGCUAAUUCGAACAGAUGAAUUAGAAGGAGCAAUGAAAGAAUUGGAAGAAAGGGAAAAAAGAAGUAGAAAAAUAAGUAUGCCAACGGUUUUGAGAUCCGGGGGAAGAAAAACAACAAAAAAUUUAAAAACUUCAAGUGUUGAUGGAGGGCAUGUUGAUGAAAGAAAACAAAUGAUGAUAGAAGAAGAAGAAUUGGAUAAUGAAGAAAGAAGCCAAAAAUAAUUUUUAAAAAUAUU